AUGAUUGUGCUUGGCUGGCUGCUUUUUGUUGGAUUUGCAUGUUACAUGGGCACAUUUCCAGAGUUCACGCCUCCAACCCUCAAGUGGAAAGAGAAGCGGUCUGUUCAGGGGAGCAAGGCACAGCUGGGGAGUCGGGCUGCGGAUGAAGAUCUGCUUCUGGAACUUGGUAGCACCCUGAAAUCUCAGUGGAGAACUUUUAGUCCUCUGCAAGACAUAAUACAGUCUGCGGAAGGGGAAAUGAUGUGA